GCUUCUGCCAUUUUACUGCAAGCAAGUACACACGAAGAUCGGGGCACAGCUCGUUUUCCCUGAACCAAAGACUUCCGGGUUUAUGAGAGGGCGACACAACACCCACUCCAGUGAGUGACCUGUGACUGACAGCAUGGCCUGCCUUCCGACUAAACCGGAAGCAGAUAUUCUCACACACGUGAAUGUUCACAUCAGCGUCCGCGAUGGAUGCUACUAAGUUAUCAACGUCAGAAAGUGUUUCUAAGAAAAAGGGCAAGAAAGCAAAGAACAAGGUAAAAUCCGAAGAAAAGCCGGUUGUAGAGAUGGACACCGAAAGUGAAGUCAAAGAAGAGAAAUCGGCGUCAGGAGCGACUUUUCCCCCCACAUUCAGCAUGUCUGAGAUCAAAAACAAACAGCGCAGACACAUGAUGUUCAUCAAACUGAAGCAGGAGAAACGAAAGCAAAAGCUGGAACUGAAAAAGAAAAGGAAAAGAGAGAGAGAAGCUCUUGGUGAUGAGGCACCACCAAAAGAAGUUCCCAAGACGAUAGAAAACCAGAGAGUAUAUGACGAAACUACAGUGAACCCAGAGGAUGAGGAGGUGGCUUUCGAUGAAGGAACCGAUGAAUUUUCUGCUUACUUUAAUCGGCUGACAAAUCCCAAAGUCCUUAUCACCACAUCAGACAGACCAAGAACAAGAACUGUCAAGUUUUGUGAGCAGUUGGCGACGGUUAUCCCAGAUGCGCAUGUGUACUACAGAAGAGGUCUGGCUUUGAAGAGAGUCAUUCCUCAGUGUGUGACACACGGUUUUACUUACUUGUUAGUGGUCAAUGAGGACAGAAAAGUGCCAAAUGGUUUAGUUUUGUGUCACCUUCCUGACGGGCCGACUGCGCAUUUCAAAGUCAGUGGUGUUCGGCUUCGCAAGGAGAUGAAGAGAAGAGGAAAGGAGCCAACAGAACACUCUCCUGAAGUCAUUCUCAAUAACUUCACUACUAGACUGGGUCACACUGUCGGAAGGCUGCUUGCUGCUCUGUUUCCUCAUGAUCCUCAGUUUGUGGGCCGUCAGGUUGCCACAUUUCACAAUCAGAGAGACUUCAUCUUUUUCAGAUUUCACAGGUAUAUCUUCAAGAAUGAAAAGCGAGUAGGAAUCCAGGAACUAGGACCCCGCUUCACUCUUAAACUUCGCUCCUUACAGAAAGGCACCUUUGACUCGAAGUUUGGGGAGUAUGAAUGGGUUCAUAAGCGACAUGAGAUGGACUCCUGUCGAAGAAAAUUCCACCUUUGAGGGACAGACUGGAAAAAAUUACAAACGAUUUGUAUGGUUUCAUAACCUAUUUUAUGAAACGUUUAAUAAAAUGUGUCUGUCAUUGACUUAACAUUGAAAGUCUAUUGACCCAACUGUGUUUAUUGUACAUUAUGCAUGCUAAUAUUAUAACCUCUUAAAUCCCCCUUUAUCUCAUUCUUUUGUGAUUCUGAACUGUUGUAUUUGUACUAGUAUUAAAGCAGAUCCUGUUGUAUCUAAAAAGUAAUCAAUGUAAAUGUACUACCUGAGUGACAAGUCCUAUGACUUGUCUUUAGAAAGAAUUGGAUAUAACCAGAAGUGGUGCAAUGGUGAUACAUUAUUAGAAACUCUUGCCAAAACUUGUUUCAUCUGUAAAUGCACAUUUGAAGAAAGCAUGUCUUGGAAGCAAAGACACCAAAAAACAGUAUAGAAAUGAGAUGGUAAUAACACUAAUGGCUGGAAUAAGACUUUUAAAGUCUGAACAGAUUUUUUUUUAACUAGACAACCCUAACCUUGCAGACUUUUUGAAAGUUUCAGAUAGAAACACACUAACUGGUCAAAUCUGCAGACUGGCACAGACUUUCUGCAACAAGUCCAGACUGAAAUUCUGAGCAAAAGUCCUGUAUUGUAUUUUAGCCUUAAGUAACAUUGCAUCUUAUACACAGAAGCCAUAGGCACAUGGCCACAUUGCAUGUAGUGGCACUUCUACAGAUGCUGAAGCCCGACGUACUUUUUGUAAAAACAGCUUUUCUCAAGUGAUCAGUUUUUCCCAGAUUUUGUUCCUGUGCACGACGCUUCACUGCUGGCCAGCCAGUUACUGCCAAACCCCAUCACGCUCUUUAAAUGCUGAGGCAAUUUUAAAACAAGUUAGCUGAAAAUUAAGUGAAUUUAAAGUAUUUAAGCAACAGAAUGAAUAAAAUCUACUGGAAAUGAAAACCCAGAUCCAUUUUUAUGGGUUGAAAAGAAUUAUAAAACAAAACUUGAUUUAAUCUAGGUUUAAAGGGAUAGUUCACAAAGAUAUUUGAAAGAAUGUCAAUAACCAAACAGAUCUCAUCCCCCAUUGACUCCCAUUGCAUUUAUUUUCCCUAGUAUGGAAGUAGAUGGGGGAUGAGAUCUAGUUUUAUAUAAUACAUGCGUUGAAUAUUCUUCAUAAAACAUUAACGUUACAGUAAACAUAAUUGUUUACAGUAUUGUAAUUAGCCCGUUAUAUAUGUGAUAGCGAAGUCUCAAUGUGCGAUAAUGGUAAAUACUAAAUAGACAUACUCAUACAAACCCGAUUCCAAAAAAGUUGGGACACUGUACAAAUUGUGAAUAAAAACAGAAUGCAAUGAUGUGGAAGUUUCAAAUUUCAAUAUUUUAUUCAGAAUACAACAUGGAUGACAUAUCAAAUGUUUAAACUGAGAGAAUGUAUCAUUUUAAGGGAAAAAUAAGUUGAUUUUAAAUUUCAUGGCAUCAACACAUCUCAAAAAAGUUGGGACAAGGCCAUGUUUACCACUGUGUGGCAUCCCCUCUUCUUUUUAUAACAGUCUGCAAACAUCUGGGGACUGAGGAGACAAGUUGCUCAAGUUUAGGAAUAGGAAUGUUGUCCCAUUCUUGUCUAAUACAGGCUUCUAGUUGCUCGACUGUCUUAGGUCUUCUUUGUCGCAUCUUCCUCUUUAUGAUGCGCCAAAUGUUUUCUAUGGGUGAAAGAUCUGGACUGCAGGCUGGCCAUUUCAGUACCCGGAUCCUUCUUCUAUGCAGCCAUGAUGUUGUAAUUGAUGCAGUAUGUGGUCUGGCAUUGUCAUGUUGGAAAAUGCAAGGUCUUCCCUGAAAGAGACGACGUCUGGAUGGGAGCAUAUGUUGUUCUAGAACUUGGAUAUACCAUUGAUGGUGCCUUUCCAGAUGUGU